CGAACGAGCGGAGCGUUCGCUUGCUCCUUCCUGAUAUCCAUUUUGUCGCUGAUGUGUGUCCGAGAUAAACACUUUGACAGGAAGUUGGUCUGAGGAGAAGACUGCUGCGCUGGUGGUGAACAGGGAAGAGAGGAAUACAGAGAGAGAGGACGAAAGAAAAACAACGUUGCAGAUAAGAAGGCCGCGAGUGAGAACUGGAAGCUGGUGAAGGGGCUUAACAGUGGCUGCGUCAUUCCUUUUCGAUGAAGUCUCUUCUGUGUUGGACCAUGCAGCCUUUCAUCCUAUAGAGGGGAUUUCACAGUGACACAAAGGUUGGCCCUAACCAUCCACCAUCCAUCAUCCAUCUUCUAUGCAAUUCCAGCUGUUGGGUAAUGGAAGAGAAACUGGAGCAUCUCAAUGGCGCACCAGGCCAAUAAAGUCAAGUGAACCUCAGACCUUCCGCAUGGAGAUCUUGGAGUGAAGGCUAGAGGAAGGAGACGUCCCAUUACAGUCUGGAGGAGCAGGAGCAGGAAUGGUGGCCGUGGACUGUAUAUCUAAGAUGGAUCCCUUGCAGUGCUGUCUCCUGGUGCUAUGUUUUUUUCUCGUUGCAAUUCCAAGAUCAGUUGCUGAUGUGCAACAUCCUCCUAUUUUGGAUCUGAAGAGCACGGACUUAGUGAGCGCUGGCUGCCAUCAGCACGCGGCCAUGGUUUGCAACAUCGACUCGCAGCAAGAGCCCUCCAUCACCUACUUCGCCUGGAUCAGUCCCGACGGGACGGAGCUGUGCAAACUGGACUCUCAUGGGGACGACGUCAUCAUCCAUCACCAUGACAACGCUGCGGUGAACUGCACCUACAGAGACAAGGAGUUGGUGCUGCUCCUCCGUCAUGUGAAGCCCGCCCAGCAGGGGGCGUAUCACUGUAAGCUGCGCUCCAGUUUAGGGGUGAAGUCGGACGUCACCCACCUGAAAUUACAAGAGUGCUACCACAGCCUCCACCCUCACAGCCACGGUGGCAACGUGACCUGCCGGGCCCAUGGGGUCUACCCUGAGGGGCUCCGCAUCCACUGGUUCCAGGGUCCCCAUGGCGACCAGAACAUCACCCACCUCGCGGUGGCCCAACCCAGCUCCCAGGCGGCGGACGGUACCUACGAGGUCGCCAGCACGCUCCUCCAGCAUCACCAUCACCAUCCCACGGCGACCGCCGACCUCAAGUGCGCCCUGUGGAGCCCGGUGUCCAUGCGGUACCUGACAGAGACGGAGAUACGCCCCCCAAGGAGGGCGGUGGUGACGCAUGCGGCCUCCUCCAGGGCCCGAUCCAAGGGGACCACGCCUUUAGGAACAGCAGCCAGACCGGCCGUCAUGCUCCUCCUGACCACAGUGGCACUCAGUCUGCUGUAACUUAAAGGAGAACUUCAGUCUUAAAGGAGAACUUCAGUCUUAAAGGAGAACUUCAGUCAAUUUGAAUAUGCUGUUGGUAUUGCUCACGCUACCCUUGACUUGUCAGUACCCGGUGAUGCUGCAAUUACAUGCAAUAGGUAAUGAAAACAAACGCACACCGAUGAGCUCCAGUUUCAGCCAUUUUAUUUUGUGACGUUCAGGAAACAAAGUGGAUUAGAUGGGAGCUCAUCUGUGUGUGUGUUUUUUUCCAUUACCUAUGGACUUCACUUUUUUGAACCUGCACCCGAAAACAGUCUUGUUUGGAUGUGCGUGUAACACAGACUACAAUCACAUGCAGAAUACCAGCAAAAAGGCAAACUGGGGGCCCGGCCUUGGCGCAAAUGGUAGGGCACUCAUUUGCUAUGCGGCUGACCGGGGUUCGAUUCCCGGCCCGGGUCCUUUGCCGAUCCUCCUUCCCCGUCUCUCUCUCUCUCCCAACUCGCUUCCUGUCACCAUCUGCACUGUACUAUCAUGAAUAAAGACUAAAAAAUAUCUUUACACAAAAAAAGGCAAACUGGUCUCCAGGGACCCCUGAGUCUGGCCUACAUCUCAGUCAGAGAGACUGUCGCAAGGGGGGGGGGGGGAUCCCCCGUUAGGCAGACCUAAGGACUGUCAUAUUCAUUUUAGGAGAAUUAUGACACGCCCCUUUAGGCAGACCGGAACCUGGUCACGUUAGGUGCCCAUAGCAACCUAUUACGCUGGCAUAUCUCUAUACUUAAAGAAUCUCUGUCUCAGUGGUCGGCCCCGAGGAAAUAUCCAACACCCUUGUCAAGCACGGGGCCGCAACAGUGGGCAUCCUCUAGGAAAUAUCCAACACCCUUGUCAAGCACGGGGCCGCAACAGUGGGCAUCCUCUAGGAAAUAUCCAACACCCUUGUCAAGCACGGGGCCGCAACAGUGGGCAUCCUCUAGGAAAUAUCCAACACCCUUGUCAAGCACGGGGACGCAACAGAGGACGACACUCGCGGGAGGUCAUGUGGGAUGUCCAAGACCACCUCUUCAGGAAGUGCUGAUGGGCCCACGAACGAAAAAAAAGGGACUAAUAUC